AUGGCGACCGUAAGCGAGCGCCGCAUCUUCAAACACGACGGCCGCGCCAUUUAUGAGUGGGAGCAGUCGAUGGAGGAGGUGAACAUCUUCAUCAAGCCUCCACCAGGGGUCACAGCGCAACAGAUUCAAUGCGACAUAGCUACUAACCACGUAACGCUGGGACUGCGUGGAGCCGCAGACAAGUUCCUCAAUCACGACCUCGCGAGCUCCGUGGUGGUUGCUGAGAGCUACUGGAUGCUCGACUCCGGCGAGCUAAAUAUCAACCUCCAGAAAAUGAAGAAGGGAUUUAUUUGGCCGAGUGUAUUCGUUGGACAUGGAGAGCUGGAUCCAAUGCAGCAGGAAGCCACAAAGCAGCAAAUGAUGCUGGAACGAUUUCAGGAGGAGAAUCCAGGUUUUGAUUUCUCCAAUGCCGAAUUCAACGGCUCUGCUCCAGAUCCGCGUACGUUCAUGGGUGGCGUCAAGUACACGUAA